AUGGCGCCUUCGCUUUUCUCCACGCUCUCUUCCGCCCUCCUUCUUACUUCUACCGUCUCGGCUCAUCAGUCUUACCAGUUGGCUGACAACUAUGACUCUACCAACUUCCUCGAAAAGUUCGGCUUCUUUGUGAGCGAUCACACCACUGGAAACUACAACGAUGUCGACCCCACGGGCGGUUACGUCAGCUACAAGUCCUCGGAGGAGGCCCAGGCCAAGGGUCUCCUGAAGACCGUCAACGGCGACCUCUACCUCGGUGUCGACCACGAGUCCAAGCUCGGCCCCAAGGGUGUCGGCCGUAGCUCCGUCCGCAUCGAGAGCAAGAGCAAGUACAAGAAGGGUCUCUUCGUUGCCGACUUCUCUCACUUCCCCAAGCCCACCUGCGGUACCUGGCCUGCCUUCUGGACUGUCGGCAACCCCUGGCCUGCUGCCGGUGAGAUCGACAUUGUCGAGACCUGGAACGAGGACAACGUCAACAAGGUUGUCAUCCACACCGACAGCAAUGUCGGUGAGUGCCGUAUCGACGGCAAGGGCAUGACCGGUAAGGUCAGCAAGCCCAACUGCGCCAACUUUGCGCCCGGCCAGGCCGACAACGAGGGCUGCGCCGGUCUCGACGGUGCUGCCCCCUUCGGAUCCCCCGAGGGUGGUAUCUAUGCUAUGGAAUGGACCGACGACGCCAUCCGCGUCUGGGGCUUCACCCACGCCAACGCCCCCGCCGACAUCGCCAGCAACCCCAAGCCCGAGACCUGGGGAACCCCCAGCUUCACCACCAGCACCUGCGAGGCCGACAAGGUCUUUGGCGAGGCCAAGAUGGUCAUGAACAUUGACUUCUGCGGUGUUGCCGGCCAGACUGGUAUCUGGGACCAGGGUGGUUGCCAGGCCAAGACCGGCGGUCUUUCUUGCCACGAAUGGGUUGCCAGCAACCCCCAGGCCUUUGCUGAUGUCUACUUCCAGCUCAAGUCCGUCAAGAUUUACCAGCUCAAGGAGGGCGAGGCUCCCGUCUCCACCACCACCACCAGCCAGGUCGCCUCCUCCUCUGCCGCCGUUACCACUGCUGUCUCCACUGAUGUCGUUGCCUCCAGCAGCGUCGUUUCCUCCGAGAAGCCCGUUGAGACUGUCACCGAGAAGCCCACCGAGUCCGGUGCCGUCGAGUCCACUUCCACUGCUUCCGAGGAGCCCGCCGAGCCUACUUCUACUGCCUCUGAGAAGCCUGCCGGAGAGCCUACUACUCGCCUGGCCACUUCCACCGUCUACGAGACCAACAUCAGAACCAUCACCUCCUGCGCUCCCACCGUCACCAACUGCCCCGCGAGAGAGACCCCCGAGGUUGUCACCGAGGUCGUGCCCGUCACCACCACCAUCUGCCCCGUUGUCGAUGUUCCCACCACUGUGACCGUCUCGAGAACCGAGGUCCACACCAUCACUUCGUGCCCUCCUUCGGUCCCCAACUGCCCUGUCGGCUCCAAGACCACCAUCACCACCGAAGACAUCGUCUCCACCACCGUUGCCGUCCCAGUCGAGAGCUACACGCCCCCUGUCAAGCCUCCUGGCGGUGACAAGCCCGUGACCACCCCCAAGCCCGGUGAUGACGUCCCUACCGCCAUCACCACCAUCAAGACCAACAUCGUCACCAUCACUUCCUGCCCUCCCACCGUCCCCGACUGCCCCGUCGGCAAGGAGACCACCAUCAUCACCAGCGAGGUUGUCACCCCCACGGCUCCCGCCCCUGGCGUCCCUGCCACCACCACCGAGGGCGAGAAGCCCGUCAUCACCGAGACGCCCCCCGUGAAGCAGCUCACCACCUACAGAACCAACAUCGUCACCAUCACUUCGUGCCCGCCUUCCGUCCCCAACUGCCCCGUCGGCUCCAAGACCACCAUCGUCACCAGCGAGGUCGUUCCCGCCACCAGCGAGGGCGAGAAGCCCGUCCCCGUCACCACCAAGGUCCCCGACGUCCCCGUUGUCCUCACCACUUACAGGACCAACAUCGUCACCAUCACUUCUUGCCCUCCCACCGUUCCCGACUGCCCCAUCGGUUCCAAGACCACCAUCGUCACCAGCGAGCUCAUCACCCCUACGGCUCCCGCCCCUGGUGUCCCCGCCACUCCCACCGAUGUCCCUCAGAACCCUCCUGCUCCUGGUGGUGAGAAGCCUACUACCCCUGCUGCUCCCGGCGGCGAGAAGCCUACUACCCCUGCUGCUCCCGGCGGUGACAAGCCUUCCGCUCCCGGCGGCGAUGUCCCCGUUCCCGCUCCCUCGAAGCCCUCGACCCCCGGCGGCGAGAAGCCCCCCGUUCCCGUCACCCCCGUCACCCCCGGCGGCAACAAGCCCACGACCCCUGCCGCUGGUGUCCCUACCGCCGAGGUCCCCGCCGUCCCGACCACCCUCGUCGUGGCUCCCUCGUCUCCUUACAACGGCACUCUGACCACCGCCCGUUUCCCCGUCGGCACCGGCGCUCCCUGCGUCGGCGCCGCUUGCCCUGCCACCACCACCGGCCCUGUCCAGGCCGGCGCCGGUAAGAUCGGCUCCGGAGCUGUCCUCCUGGCAGCGGUCCUGGCUGUCUUUGCCAUUUAA